AUGACUCCUGUGAUGACCCAGCACUCCUUGGUGGGCCAGACCUAUGCGGUACCCCUCAUCCAACCGGACCUGCGCCGAGAGGAAGCCAUCCAGCAGGUGGCAGAUGCCCUGCAGUACCUACAGAAGGUCUCUGGAGACAUCUUUAGCAGGAUUUCCCAGCGUGUAGAACUGAGCCGAAACCAGCUACAGGCUAUUGGUGAGAGGGUCUCUUUGGCCCAGGCCAAGAUUGAGAAGAUCAAGGGCAGCAAGAAGGCCAUCAAGGUGUUCUCCAGUGCCAAGUACCCAGCCCCAGAGCACCUGAGGGAGUACGGCUCCAUCUUCACAGGGGCUCAGGACCCUGGCCUCCAGAGACGCCCCAGGCACAGGAUCCAGAGCAAGCACCGGCCCUUGGAUGAGCGGACCCUUCAGGAGAAGCUGAAGUACUUCCCUGUGUGUGUGAACACCAAGCCGGAGCCUGAAGACGAGGCUGAGGAGGGCCUGGGGGGUCUUCCCAGCAACAUCAGCUCUGUCAGCUCCUUGCUACUCUUCAACACCACCGAGAACCUGUACAAAAAGUAUGUCUUCCUGGACCCCCUGGCUGGUGCUGUUACAAAGACCCAUGUGAUGCUGGGGGCAGAGACAGAGGAGAAGCUGUUCGAUGCCCCUUUGUCCAUCAGCAGGAGAGAGCAGCUGGAGCAACAGGCUCCAGAAAACUACUUCUAUGUGCCUGACCUGGGGCAAGUACCCGAGAUUGACGUGCCAUCCUACCUGCCUGACCUGCCUGGCAUUGCCGAUGACCUCAUGUACAGUGCUGAUCUGGGCCCCGGCAUUGCCCCCUCUGCCCCUGGCACCAUUCCAGAACUGCCCACCUUCCACACAGAAGUAGCUGAGCCAUUCAAGCCAGACCUAGAAGAUGGAGUGCUAACAGCACCCCCGCCUCCUCCACCCCCACCGCCACCCCCUCCAGCUCCUGCAGUGCUGGUCAGCUUACCCCCACCCCCACCCCAGACUGUGGCCCCUCCAAGCCAGAGCUCCCAGGAGGAUGGUGGGAGCAGCAUGUCCCCUUCAGUCCAGGGAGCCCCCAAGGAAGUGGUUGACCCCUCCAGUGGUCGGGCCACAUUGCUGGAGUCCAUCCGCCAGGCUGGGGGCAUCGGCAAGGCUAAGCUACGCAGCGUCAAGGAGCGUAAGCUGGAGAAAAAGAAGCAGAAGGAGCAGGAACAAGUCAGAGCCACGAGCCAGGGUGGGGACCUGAUGUCGGAUCUCUUCAACAAGCUGGUCAUGAGGCGCAAAGGUAUCUCGGGGAAAGGACCUGGGAUAGGGGCCAGUGAGGGGCCAGGAGGAGCCUUCGCCAGGAUGUCAGACUCCAUCCCUCCUCUGCCUCCACCACAGCAGCCACCAGGAGAGGAGGAUGAUGAUGACUGGGAAUCCUAG